UUUCAGCGUAAAAUGGGUCUUGAAACGACGGAAAAGCGUGGAAAAGUGAAGUUAACGUCGCAAAAAUUCAAAUUAGGCCCUCACGACUGGCAAAAAGACGUAACACUGGAGGAUCGAAUGAAAAAUGUUCAGAAGAUUGUUAACACAUUUUAUUGCACAAAAUCCGGGCCCCAUCCGAGGAGAAUUGACGAAUUAAUGUGGUUUUCGCGGGAAAUGGAGAUCAUUUUCUAUUCUCGGGCGGAUAAUCGAUAUUUAUAUGAUGGAGGAAUUGAAUCAAUGAUACAAUCUAUGCAAAUUGCUAUAAAUCGGGACCCUUAUCUCACAAAAAUUCGACAAAUGAAUGAAAUUCCAUCAACUGAACACCUCGAGAAGCUUUUCACAUUUUCAGCACCACGUGAGAAGCUUGAAGACGAUGAAUUACUGGCAAAAGGAGCAGAAAUUAUCAAAUUAAUUACAAAUGAUCGUUUUGAAAUUCACGAUUUAAAUAUUGAACCACAACCGAUUCAACCGAUUUUGGCGGAAAAAAAGCGAAAACAGCUUCGAAAUGGUCCAAAUAAUCGGAAAAUCGUGAUGGCUCGAUAUUCGAAACGACCGGAAACCGAGGAACGAACAAUGAUCAUUGAAAUGCCAAAUUUUCAAGAAAAAUGACAAUUUUUUGGGUUUUUUUGUUAAAUUUUUAUGGAAUUUUUUGAAGAAUUAAUAAAUUUUGUUUUUUUUU